CAAAGGUGGACUGGCACAAUUGGCACGACGCAAGCGUAGCCCUGGGGAUUUGGUUCGGAAGCGAGCAAAUCGGUACAUGUAUUUGGUGCAUCGCGUGCAUCAGAGAAGAUUUCAAAAUGAAAGUGCUUUCGUGAUAGUAUAUUCCGUUUAAAUCCAGUGUGUUGCAUUUUAAGCGCGGUUUGGUUCCCGAGCACGGCAACGUUCGGCAUGUGACAUUAUGCUAUAGCCUGUAACCAUAUCGUCGAAAAAGAAGCUGAAACUCCAUAUCAGAUCUUUGUUUAUUACUCGCCAGCGGGGAAACUACCUGAAUUCCGUAGAGAUCUCAUCAGUUUUUGUCGGCCGUGCGUCGUAAAACAUCACACAGUCAUCAUACAGAAUCAAAGAAGAUUAGGGGUCCUAGUGCGGGCACGUUCCAGAGCUGCGGUGGUUGGUGAAUGGUGUUGCAGAUAGACUCGGUGUGGGGUUGGGCGUCACCCCCACUGCGCCUCCAGCUAGGGGGGUCGAGGGGCGCCUCGGGGAGAGCGACCGCGGGCGCCCCAUCCUCGCAGAGGAUGGGUGAAAUGGUUGUGGAACGCGCGCCUUCUCCAGCCCGUCUCAGCCAUACCUCUGAAAAACAUCCUCGUGCUACGCUCACAGAACUGAACGUUCUUCGUCGGCAUCGGGAGCUCUGCGAUGUCGUGCUCAAUGUCGGCUCUAGGAAGAUAUUUGCACAUCGUGUCAUCCUAUCAGCGUGUAGUCCGUACUUCAGAGCAAUGUUUACUGGGGAGUUGGCGGAAUCUCGACAAACUGAAGUGACGAUUCGUGACAUAGACGAAAUGGCAAUGGAAUUAUUAAUAGACUUUUGUUAUACUUCACACAUCAUCGUCGAAGAAGCAAAUGUUCAAACUCUCCUUCCAGCAGCGUGCCUUCUCCAGCUAGCAGAAAUUCAAGAUAUAUGUUGCGAGUUUCUCAAACGCCAACUCGACCCCUCUAAUUGUCUAGGUAUACGAGCGUUCGCGGACACUCAUUCUUGUCGAGAACUUUUACGAAUCGCGGACAAGUUCACGCAACAUAAUUUUCAGGAAGUAAUGGAAAGCGAAGAAUUUCUGUUACUACCCGUCGGCCAGUUAGUAGAUAUUAUCUCUUCGGAUGAGCUGAACGUGCGGACAGAGGAACAAGUGUUUAGCGCGGUGAUGAAUUGGGUUAAAUACAAUGUUACCGAGAGGAGACAACAUUUAGCGCAAGUUCUUCAGCACGUCCGACUACCACUUCUUAGUCCAAAAUUUUUAGUUGGCACCGUAGGGUCUGAUCUUCUAGUGCGAUCCGACGAUGCGUGCAGAGACUUGGUGGACGAGGCAAAGAAUUACUUGUUGCUUCCCCAAGAAAGGCCGUUGAUGCAAGGUCCUAGAACACGCCCCAGGAAACCAACGAGACGCGGUGAGGUGUUGUUUGCCGUCGGAGGAUGGUGUUCCGGCGACGCGAUUGCGAGCGUUGAAAGAUUCGAUCCGAAUACCGCAGACUGGAAAAUGGUUGCACCGAUGAGUAAAAGACGAUGCGGUGUAGGAGUUGCAGUACUGAAUGACUUAUUGUAUGCGGUGGGCGGUCACGACGGGCAAAGCUAUUUAAAUAGUAUCGAAAGAUACGAUCCCCAAACGAACCAGUGGUCGUGUGAUGUGGCGCCAACUACGUCUUGUCGGACGAGUGUGGGUGUCGCGGUAUUGGAUGGUUUUCUUUAUGCUGUGGGUGGUCAGGAUGGUGUACAAUGUUUAAAUCACGUCGAAAGGUACGAUCCUAAAGAAAAUAAAUGGUCUAAAGUAUCACCAAUGACUACCAGAAGACUUGGUGUUGCUGUUGCUGUAUUAGGCGGUUAUUUAUAUGCCAUCGGCGGGUCUGAUGGACAGUCGCCUUUAAAUACAGUGGAAAGAUAUGAUCCAAGGCAAAACAAGUGGUUUCAAAUAUCUCCUAUGUCUACGAGACGUAAGCAUUUAGGCUGUGCUGUAUUUAAUAAUCUAAUUUAUGCUGUCGGAGGACGAGAUGACUGUAUGGAACUCUCAAGUGCAGAACGGUAUAAUCCCCACACAAAUUCGUGGAGUCCGAUAGUUGCUAUGACAUCGAGAAGAAGCGGGGUGGGUUUGGCGGUAGUGAAUGGUUUGCUAUACGCUGUGGGUGGCUUCGACGGAACUGCCUAUUUAAAAACAAUAGAAGUGUACGAUUCGGAGCAAAAUCAAUGGAAACUGUGCGGUUGUAUGAAUUAUAGAAGAUUAGGUGGAGGAGUGGGAGUAAUGCGGGCCCCACAAACCGAAAACUACAUUUGGUAGCUCAGGCCCCCCUCUUCAGUCCAAGUGGCUGAAACUCCGACAACUCCGCUUACACCGGUAACUCCUGUUACACCUGUAACUCCCCCCGCUCCUGUAUCGGUUCCUGUUGUUAUAACUAAUACUAGAAAACGCUUCCGCCGAUCGAUGAGCAUUAUAUAAUACAUGCAUUUUACAAGACUUUGCCUUUCUAAAGAUAAAGUCGUUUUUAUUGUAAAAUCGUGUUGCAUUAAUUUUUAGCUUAUCACGAUGUGAGAUAAUUACUUUGUACUAAAUAUGGAUGUAUAUUUUCCUCCGUUUACGUAGAAAAUAUGUCCUUCAACGAUGUUCAUACUGCCGCGAGUACAGCAUUUUUUUCUGUAAUAUCUUAUUUUCUUUUUUAAGUUAGCUCCUUUACAUUAUUUAUAUAUCCCCUUUAUUAACUACGAGACACGAAUUACGAUCAUUUUAAGCAUAAGUAUUACAUUAUUGUAAUUUUGUUGAUGAAACAGUUGUGUAUAUCGUGAACGUUUAAGCAAUAUAUAUGUAUGUGUGAAAGAAAGCAAAUAGAAAGGCAAAAUCUCUUCUAAGUAUUCUGGAACACAGUACUCAUUUCGAUGGGAUGCUCGCACCUUCCAUUUUACAAUGACUCAGAGAGACGUAAAUUUUUACAAUUCGUAUCAAUGACAGAACUUCGUUGUGUAGAGCAGCUCGCACAUACACCGAUACAAUAAUAAUAAUAAUAAUAAAAUGAAACCAACCAAACGAAUUAUUUCUGUCUCGAAUAGUAUGCUUUUUACGUGCAUCGUAUUUAUCAACAAGACUGAACUGAAACCAAAAAUUACGUAAACCCGAUGAAUGAAACGACCGCUUCUGGCUCUAAGCAUGCUUUUGUUCACAAGCAGUGAAAAAAAGAACGCGUACGCAUUGUAACACGAGUUCAUCUCUUACCUAUACAAUACAUUUGAACGCAUAAAAACCUUUUUUUUUGUUCACAUCACAAAAAAAACUCACGUUUUAUAAGUUCAAGUUCUAUUUAAAGUGACAAAAUAGUCUUAUUGUACAAAAUGGUGAUAGGGAUCAUUGUCCAACAAUUUCAUAAUGUAACGUUUGUGAUAAUAAAAUAAUAAGGAACAGCAAAUUCGGCUGGGAGUGUAAGCAAUAUUUUACUAUCAAGUAUGCUUUUGUAAUUAUUUAAAUAGAAAGUUAUAUGAAAACUGUAAAAAAUUUUUGUCGAUUAAUUACAAAUUGAAAGUUUACGAAUCAUUCUAGGUUUGUUACAUCUAUGAGAUUGUUGAUGGAACCAGAACAUGUGUCUAGUAUAAGAAUAUACUGACGAUAUGAUGUAAUUGUCUCCAAUAGCUUGUUAAAAUAUUACUAUUAGAAAUUAUGUAUGUUUUCGACAUCGUAUUCAUAAUUUUUGUCGACAGAACGAUUUUGUUUUUGAUUAAUAGUAAAAUACGAGGACAUUUUCUAUUUCUUCAUGACUACGAUAUAUUUCUAAAAAUCCAUAUAACAAAUGUGAAAUAUUUGUGUUGAGUUCGAGUAAUCCGACUAGAGAUUUAUAAUGGUACAAAUUACUGUAAUCUACUAAACAAAGUUCAAAAAAGUGUUCAACGUAAAACUUGAUUUACAAGUAGGCAACUUGUAGUUUUAACGAACUACUAUCUCUUUCUAAGACUCUCAAUCUCCAUUUAGCAUUUUAAUUAUUAAUCGAACCGCUUUUAAUUUGUGUCACAAACAUCUUUAAAGAGAGAAGAUGUACCGUUUAUAUCAAUAUUUUUCAUUUGGUUGCAAAUCAUGCUCUCCAUUAAGAAACGCAUUUAUUAUAUUCACUCUAAUAAAUCGAUUGUCUUCAGUUUUA